AGCCAAUCAGCUCGCAAUGUCGGAUUCCAACCAAAAGUCGUACCUUCGUGACGGAAGCGGUCCUCGUGCGGUCGACAGCGGCAAGGGUCGCAGUAGCAGCCGCAGAGACGAAGAGAGGCAACGUUCGAAACACAGCGCAUCCAGACGCCCAUCCGAUUCCAAGUCGAGCCACCGUCGGGACGCUUCGUUUGCAUCAUCCAAACCAGAAGCCCCAACAUUCGAGCUCGAUGUCAUUGGCCAACCUUCACGUGCAAUCGUCUUUGGCCAAACCGUCGAGACAUCCAUCAUGGUCAGCCUGAAAUGUCACUCACCCGAAAUGGUCGCCCGAUAUCAAGAUAUGGACACCUCGCGGUUCAUGGGCGUCGUCUCCUUAGUCUCGGAAGCACGCAACGGCGAACGUGCGUCCGUUGAAUGCGGCACGCUCACAGGCCAAAAAAUGUUCGACUCGGUCCACGAAUGUCCUGAUCACAUUGUCGAAAGCCUUGCUCGCAGUCAGCCUUGCCGCGUCUCACUCGGCUACUUGACGUUUCCGCAGCUGCUCAUUCGUCAACCUGGUGCUUAUCGAUUACGUGUUACUCUUAUCAAGAUGGGUAGUGCUGGUUCGUCGGGUGGCUCUACUGUUAUUGCUACGGAUAGUGAGUUGAUACGGGUUGAACGACGCAGUACGACGGGGACGACUGGUACUGCUCGUAAGCAUGGUCGCUCUUGAGGGGCGAUGGGAAGAAAAAAAGAAGAAGAAAAACUGCUUUCAAGAUGGUAUAUAUACCAACGAGGGUGGUUGAAGUUUUUUUUUUUUUUUUUCUUUCUUCUUUUUUGGUUUUGGUUUUUGGUCUUUGGUUUUUGGUUUGUGGUUUUUUUACUGUCGCGUUACUCGCGUGGCGCGUGGUGUUUUCUUUUCC